AUGUAUCUCCAGCCGUGCACGCCGUCUACUGGAGGCAGCAGAAGGAGCUACAGCUCAUGCUCUGCCAUUGGUGCUGGUGGAGGAGGGGGGGGCAGAGUCAGGAGUAGCUACAGCUCCUAUUCCUCCAGGGGCUAUGGAGGUGGCGGACGCUGUGCAGGGUUUGGCAGCAGGAGUUUGCAUGGUCUAGGCGGAGGUCCAAGGAUUUCUUACGGUGGAGGAUUUGGGUGCAGAGGUGGUGGCUUUGGUGGUGGCUAUGGAGGUGGAGCGGGCGGCUAUGGAGGUGGAGCGGGCGGCUUUGGAGGAGGACCGUGUGGCUUUGGAGGAGGAGCGGGCGGCUUUGGAGGAGGAGCGGGCGGCUUUGGAGGAGGAGCGGGCGGCUUUGGAGGAGGAGUGGGCUUUGGUGGACCUGGCUUUGGACCUGGCUUUGGACCUGGCUUUGGACCUGGCAGACCUGGGCAGCCUGGAGGCAUCCAGCCCGUUCACGUUGACCCAAGCCUCCUGCAGCCGGUCAAUGUGGAGAUUGACCCCCAUAUCCAGCAAGUGAAAACUCAAGAGAAGGAGCAGAUCAAGGUCCUCAACAACCAGUUUGCAGUAUUCAUCGACAAGGUCCGGUUCUUGGAACAACAAAAUAAAGUUCUGGUCACCAAGUGGGAACUCUUACAACAGCAAGGCGGAACAAUUAUUAGGAAGGACUUAUCGCCCUUGUUUGAGAAUUUUAUCCAAACCUUGAGGAGGAGACUAGAUGGACUCCAAAAUCAGAAGGGACAAUUGCAGUCAGAACUGGAGAACAUGCAGCAGUAUGUCGAGGAGUACAAGCGCAAGUACGAAGACGAAAUCAACAAGCGCACAGCUGCUGAGAAUGAGUUUGUGGUGCUCAAGAAGGAUGUGGAUAAUGCCUACAUGGUUAAAGUAGAAUUGGAAACAAGGGUGCAAGGUCUGACUGAUGAAAUCAACUUCUUGAGAUUUGUAUUUGAGGAGGAAUUAUCUCAGUUGCAGACGAUAAGUCGUGACUUGUCAGUGGUUGUAUCCAUGGAUAACAACAGACAUCUAGAUCUGGAUGGCAUCAUUCAGGAAGUCCGAAAUCAAUAUGAGAUCAUCGCUCAGAGAAGUAGAGCUGAGGCAGAGGCUUGGUACCAGUCCAGGUAUGAAGAGCUGCAGAGCACAGCUGGAAGACACGGGGACAACUUGCGCAACACCAAGACAGAGAUCCAAGAGCUAACGAGGAGUAUCCAGAGAAUGCGGGCUGAAAUUGAAAGUGUGAAGAAGCAGAUCGCAAAUCUGCAGUCUGCCAUCGCCGAGGCAGAGGAGAAGGGUGAGUUGGCCCUCAAGGAUGCUAGGACAAAACUGGAUGAGCUUGAACAUGCCCUGCAGAAAGACAAGGGGGAUCUGGCUAACUUAUUGAAAGAGUACCAGGAUCUGCUGAAUGUCAAACUUGCCCUGGAUAUUGAGAUCGCCAUGUACAGGAAACUGCUGGAAGGAGAGGAGUCCAGGAUAGCCGGAGGUGGCCAUGUGAAUGUCUCUGUCAUUGGUGGAGGUGGAAGUGGAGGAGUCAUCGGGGGUGGAUUUGGCGGCGGAAGCGGAGGUGGCAUCUGUGGUGGUGGAUUCGGCGGUGGAAGCAUAGGAUUCGGCGGUGGAAGUGGAGGAUUCGGCGGCGGAAGCGGAGGAGGGAUCUGUGGCGGUGGAUUCGGUGGAGGCGGAGGAUUCAGUGGCGGAAGCGGAGUCGUCGUCUGUGGUGGUGGAUACGGCGGCAGAACCGUUGGAGGUGGUGGCUUCUCUUCUGGAAGUGGAAGAGGCUAUGGAGGUGGCGGCAGCGGCAUCUGCUCCAGCGGCGGUUCCUCGGUCGUACGGCGAUGCACCACGUCUUUCUCCACCAAAUCCGGUUCAGGAGGGUACUGA